CGGUCGCGUCUGGGAAAUUUUCUGUGAUUGAGGAGAGAAUUCGUCUGGCCAGUUCUUCGAGAGACUUUCGCUAAGUGAGAUGAUUGUUUUUUUUACGCCAAAAAAAAUCACAAGUGCUGCACUUUUAAAUCAAUUGGAAUUCUAUAAUCAGCCUUGGGAUUACGAAAGUGCGCAUUUUUCUUUUUUGGAUGAGUGAAGGCGGUGAAGGUGUUACACAAGUAUUUCUUGAAAAAUUCCCUUAUCACAGAUUGAACACUCUGCGAUAAGAUUAUGAGGCACUGAAUCGGAUGUAAUUUCUUGUACACAAAUUUUAAUUGUGCAAUAGUGAGUGAAGCAAUUUAUAAUUCACUUUUAUUGGAGCAAAUCGAGAUCGUGUUUUUCCAAACGGAUCACUUAGAAUCCGGAGGGGGUGGAGGAUGUGAAGAAGUUCUUCUUCUGGCCCAUCUCACAGAUCAAAUUAGAGACGUGGAAAAACUCUUCAACGGUCAACUAGUGUGAAAAGUGUAUUGGAACACGUUUGAUGCCAGAGUGCGAUUUAAUUGCUCAAUUUACGGACAAUCACAAUGACCAGACAAAUCAGAUGACUCCCCUUACCAUGCCAGAUUGAGAUGUCUGUGUAAUAGAUGAAAGAAUGGAUUUACUACCAGAUCCCAUCACAAAAUAUCCCGACAUCUUCAUCCGUAUUGCUCCUGCCACCGACAAUGUUACGAUCAAUACCGACGAUACCAUCCCACUCUUUGCCAACUAUUCAGAUUCACUCCUGAAAUUUGCCUCAAUCAUGUGCAUAAUAUUCGCAUUGGUUGGAAUUCCUGGCAACCUCAUAACCAUCAUUGCAUUAGCACGAUGCAAAAAGGUUCGCAAUGCAACAGCCGUAUUUGUGAUAAACCUGUCUUGUUCUGACCUCCUUUUCUGCUGUUUCAACCUUCCGCUGGCUGCUAGUACUUUCUGGAACAGAGCCUGGACACACGGAGAUGUCCUCUGUGAGCUAUUCCCAUUAGUAAGAUACGGUUUACUGGCAGUAUCGCUCUUCACCAUUCUGGCCAUCACCAUUAAUCGCUACGUGAUGAUCGUCCAUCCACGAAUUUAUCCGCGGAUCUACCGACGAAAGUACCUUGCUUUAAUGAUUGCCGGCUCUUGGAUGCUCUCUUUUGGUGCUCUCAUUCCCACAUGGAGUGGUGUUUGGGGUUACUUCGGACUGGAUAUCCCCAUUGGGAGUUGUUCAAUACUUAAGGACGCUAAUGGCAACUCUCCGAAGGAGUUUCUCUUUAUUGUAGCCUUUGCUUUACCGUGUAUCUUUAUUGUAAUAUGUUACGCCCGAAUAUUCUACAUUGUCCGCAAGGCAGCUGUUCAAUCGCACGGAGGAGUUGAUGCCCGCAAAGAUUCUGUAAGAUCACGCAGGGGAUCUCGCCGGAGGAACUCUCACAAGAGACCACCAAAUAUUGAUCCUGGUCCACCGAAUGGCGAAGAACCCCUAGUUAAAUUUGAUCAUCCGGAGAUCAGAUUUAUGGAUAGCACGAGCAUUGGGUCGGGUGGACAAGGUACUGAACCUGUGGAAAAUGGACAAAUGGUGCCAGAGACUGAGAUCAAUGGCAAUGAAGAGCAAGACUCAGAUACCUACAGUGUCCAUGAGACCAGAGCUGAAAAUUAUGCUUCACAGAGCAAUGUGAACAACAACACAUCCAAUGCAUCAAUGCUCUAUCGCGGCAGGAUGACUGUGAGGGACAAAAGACUUCUCAAGAUGAUCUUAGUGAUAUUCUCUGCCUUCCUUAUCUGCUACCUUCCUAUCACAAUCACAAAGAUCUUCAAGGAAGUCACAGAGAUUCAUGGAUUCAACAUAAGUGGCUACCUUCUCAUCUACAUGACCACUUGCAUCAAUCCCAUCAUCUACGCAGUGAUGUCUUCGGAAUACCGAAGAGCGUACUGGGGCCUGAUCAUGUGUCACAAACAGCAAAAUUCUGCCUGAGAUGGGAAUGAAUCAAAGAUGCUCGGAUGAUUGCUUGAAAUAUUCAUUGAUCUUUCCACUAAUUCCUAAUUAAAUGUAUCAUUUCUUAUUAAAGGAUCAGGCAUAGCUGUUCAA